UCCCCUUUGAAACUCGAGGGUGCUUUGAUGCGUGGGUGGAGUAACUCUAUCCGCAAGGAGGGAAAGAAUGUUUUUGCACUUAAUCACGAGUGGCAAAUACCCAAUUGCGAAGGAAAUCUGAAUAGGGUCUACUGCCUUUCAAAGUGUUUUGAAACCUUCUCAAUGGGCAUUCGAAGACCCGCGCCGUUUCAGCAGGUCUAGCAUUUUGUCCUGGGGCCGAUUCAAUUUAAAAGACGAAUGCUCCUUUCGCCUUCCCAUCAUGGCAGCACCAUCACACCGGGCUCAAGACAUCUAUCCCUCAGCAAUGCUCUUCCAGGGUCACGGUUAUCCGCUUUGGCAUCCAGCACCACCGUCGAAUUUUCCUCCUGAUUAUGUUCGCCGUGGAACCCAAAUUGGCGAUCUUGGAUAUCUUAACGAUACUGGGGGGUUUAUUUACCUCUUCAAUGUGUACAAGGAUGCUGAGGAUCCUGUCAAUCUGAAACGGGUUCCUCUUGGCUUUGUACCACUCAAGUCGGAUUCUGGUGUACGAGAAGAACUGGAAUUUCAUGCUAAGAACUCGAUGAUUUCUAUGUCUCGCGUGGAGUCGCAGAGAUCGGCCGGGCCAUUUUUCAAAUCUACGAGUUCAAUCACACACGGCCCUCUCCUUGUCCUUCCCGAUGGUGCCGAACGCUAUAAUUCCGAAAAUCCAGGUCUUCUCGGGGAAUAUGCAGCUGCCAAUGCUCACAGCUGGUAUGAAUACCUCAAUGGCCAAGGCAGGGGGAUCCGCAACGGUACACUUUACCUUGUCACUGGAUGCGACAAGUGUUGCUCUUGGACCAUCCAAUGUUACGCGCAGUCCAGCAACACAUCGAAGUUUAUACUUGGUGGUGCAAGACGGGAGAUGCACACAGCUUCUGGUGUCCAUCAAAGAAGUCGCCAGCGCGACAUGAGACCAGGAGCGACUGCAAAUCAGACUAUUUUCUUGCGCGGAUACUCGAUCUCUGUGCGUGAUCGACCAAUGUUAUGUGUGUUCAAGGGUAUUAGGAAGGACACGCCAACCAUCAUGAUGAGGAUACUGGCACUCUUACCAAGAACCAAACCGGAGGAGAUACCCUACGACAACAGAUCUACGCAUGAGGUUGACACGUCGGUUCAGCAGUUCCCCGAUGUCUAUCCAUCAUUGUUAGUAAAUGGCCAUAUACUGGAUACUGUAAGCCACUACGUCGUAAGGGCGCACUUGAGCUCACCCCAACUUCCCUAGUACUAUGGCGCCACUGUUGCGCUCACGAGUGAUCACUACAAGGGUAUAGUAAAUAAUGCUCAAAACCCGCUCAAUGCAGUAAAACUUUCGAAUGAUCUCGUGUCCAGUACUAACCUGGUUUUUAUUACGAAAAGCUCGGAAACAGACAAUGCAUGGAUUGCAAAUCAAUGCGACCAACACAACGUGG